UGGCAUGACCUUUUCCCUUGGCAACCACUUCCUCCGAGCAUCAACGGCCAUCUUUAAUUUUAACUCAUUCAUGAAAAGUUGUUUGGGACGCAUUUAAACGCGCUCAAAGAGCACAUUUUUGCGCACAAAGGCGCGUCGACGGCGCGGUGUAGUUCUCCAGCGACGGGAGCAGAGCCGAGCCGAGCCGAGCAGCAGCAGCAGGCUGUCCGCCGAGAUUAAGUAAACACCGAGAGCAAUGAGAAAGAAGCAAACAGCCAAACAGAGGAAGACAGAGGAGACCACAGUUGUCCAGGAGUUUGUGGUGGAGACAAUAAUCCGCCGGAGAGUGUUUAAUGGAAGAGUGGAGUACUAUCUGAAGUGGAAAGGCUUCACAGAUGCAGAAAACACCUGGGAGCCCGAAGACAACCUGGACUGUCCUGAGCUCAUCGAGGAGUUCCUGAGAACCUACAACCCCGAGGACGACGAAGUGUUCAUCCCCAAGGAAGAAAUGAGCGAGCAGGAGACGGAAAUUUCGUGUGUACAGGAGGCUCACGCUGUGCAGAGCAACAGCAGCCUCGUCCUCCAGCCGGAUGAGGAGCAGUCAGACGCCCCCGCUAACCUCAGCACUUACCUCGAGCCCGAGUGCAUCAUCGGCUCCACGGACCGAAAGGGAGAGCUCAUGUUCCUCGUCAAAUGGAAGAACUCUGAUGACGUGGCCCUGCUGCCGGCCCGCGAAGCGAGCGCCAGAUGUCCCCAGGUGGUCAUCGACUUCUACGAGCAGAAGCUGACCUGGCACAGUGGAGACGAGGAGCAGUAAAACUUAAAAAAAAACGCGUGUAGGCUUAACGCCGAGGAGAGCAGAUAAACAGCUGCGCUCUCACCUGAAGCUUAGUUUAACCUCCAUCAAGUGUCCUCCUUCAGCUGACAUUAGAGGCACGCUGUGUGAAAUCACGUCCCGCUGCAGGUAGUUUUCUAGCAGGUGCGGGGAAUCCUCGGCGGGGACGGGUUUUUCAAAGUGCUCUCUGCUCCGUGGUGCUCGGUAAAGGUCACUGUGCCUUCGACACCGCGAUGGAGACUAAAACUAACCUUUGUGUGGAGCAGCUGACUUGAGGUCAAACUAACCCAUUGCAGCUUUUAUUUCACGUGUCAUGUAGCAGACUUAAUCACUGUGGAUGUUUUGUUUUUAAUAUAUUGUCAUGUUUAGUAAUUUAUACUCCUGUUUAGCCACGAGUAUCUCUCACUGGAAGUGGUGUUUGGUUGAUUAGUGUGAGCUUUCUAACCUGUACAGCCGCACUGAGCCGGCAGAGUGAACUAACUGCUGUCCUGUCCGUACCUUGAGUUCACGUAGAGCUACACAUCAUAGACCUGUUGUUUGGACUUGUAUUGUGUGAGAUUUUUACAGCCACAGCUUUUACUGUGUCUUUCUGUGUCUCUGUAUGACCCUUGUGGUGAAAUAUAAAACAAUGUGGCCCACAGGAAAUUUCCCAGAUGUUUCCCUUUUCCUCUUUACUAAAUUAUAACUUGAUGCUUUUACCCAAAGUGAAGUCCUGUCAGUCAAAAAGGCCUCACUUCCAGAGUGAACCUGUUGCCAUUUUCACCUGUUGAAACUAACUUUUGUGCACCUACAAUAGGUCAGACGAUUGUUAAAUGUAGCACUUUAGAUAUAAGACUGUCCAUUUCCGCAGGGCAUUGUUGCUGGCUGUAGUUACACAGCUCUAUGUACUUGAUACCUGCUUCCUGAUGGCGCUGUCCUGACUCAACAUAUCUCCCAUAACUGUUGUGGGACACUCAGCUGAACCUUAAACCUCCUAAAACUCACCUGCUACUGAACUGCUGUAACUGUUGACCAUGGAUCUGUGAAGUCUGUGAAUAAAGGAAAACUUUUUGUGA